GUUGUCACUCUUUGGUUGCAAUUGUAAACAACGUGCGUGGCGUGCCAAAAAAAGAAUUACAUAUUUAUGAUAUAUAGUGAUACAAAAAAAAAAAGAAAGAAAGAAAACACAUUUGAAGAUGACUGAAAUGGAAGAAUUUUGUAAAAUCUUACCAAAAGUUGAGCUGCAUGCACACAUCAAUGGGUCAGUUAGUGAGGACACGAUACAGAAGUUACUGACUAAGAAACAGAACCUCGACCACCAGUUCAGCUUUAAGAAGGGGAGCACAGCUACCCUAAAACAGUGCUUUGAGAAGUUUCGAAUGAUCCACCAAUUGACAGACAAUGUUGAUUCUGUUUAUCAGGUGACAUAUGAUGUUAUUCAUGAAUUCAAUGACGAUAAUGUGAAAUACCUUGAACUUCGCACAACACCAAGGGCAGUGACUGAUACUGGCAUGACACAAGAGCUUUAUGUUGAGGCAGUGCUACGGGCCAUACAGGAUUGUGAGUCAGAGGAUUUAGACAUCAGAGUGAGGCUACUUCUUGCAAUUGACCGAAGGAAUGGUGUACAGAGAGGCUGGGAGACGGUCAGACUGGCUCAGAAAUUAGGCACAUCAUACGGUGACAUCAUUGUCGGGAUUGAUUUGAGUGGCGAUCCAAACAGUUUGUCCUUCUUGGACCAUUUCCCAUUACCAUCAAUUCAAAUAUGGAAAUCAUUACCAAAUAUGGAAUCAAGGUCAGAUGAUUUUCAGCUGUCAUGUUUAAAUACCUUAAAGGUGGGAGAUGGCAGGGACUACAUCCCAGUCUUCAGGCAUGCUAAGGACUUGGGUCUGAAACUGGCUUUGCACCUGUGUGAGGUUCCAGCACCAGUGGAGACAAUGGACUUGCUGAGUUUGCCCCCGGAUAGGAUUGGACAUGGAACAUGUCUCCACCCUGAGGCUGCAGGGCGCCAGGAAUUUGUAGAUACUGUACUCGCUCGCAAAACUCCCCUGGAGCUCUGUUUGACCUCUAAUCUCAUUGGUCAGACUGUUCCUAACCUGGACAAUCAUCAGUUCAAGUUUUGGUAUGAGAAGAAACACCCCUGUAUUAUCUGUACGGAUGAUAAGGGAGUCUUCAGUACCUCCUUGUCUGAAGAGUAUCAACUGGCAGCCACAACCUUUGACCUUACACCCAGUGACCUGUGGAGACUCUCAGAGGACAGUAUAAAGCAUGCCUUCUGUGAGGAGAAAGUGAAAGAGAAACUGAGGGAAAAAUGGAAAAAGUACAAAUCUCAGAUAGAACAACAAUUCAGUUUAAAACUGUGACGUUAGUGUACUGACAUAUUCGAAAGGAAAUGUUAACAACCAUGUAAGUUAUGAUGAAGCACUCUUUUAAUGCUAUGGCUUGGUGCAACAACGAUGAUGUACUAAAGGGUGUUUACAAUACAAAAGUUCCAUCUGA